AUGGAGGCGUCGUUCAUUAGAUCGCUACCGUCUGCCGGAAACUUCGCCAACCUAUUGCCGACCGGGACCGCCCUCAUAUUCGAAACCCUACUACCGUCUUUCUCCAAUGGCGGCGAGUGCAACAACAAACCCGUCAAUAAACUCCUCACCAUUACUCUCAUCUCCUUUUGCGCCGCGGCUUGCUUCUUCUCCUCCUUCACCGACUCAUAUGUAGGCCAAGAUGGCCGCAUUUACUACGGAAUUGCCACCUCUAACGGUCUCCACAUCCUCAACGACUAUCCAGACGAAGGUUAUGAUCCAGAGUCCGGCUUAACGGCUGAUAAGAGAGAGAGAUAUAAGCUCAGUUUUGUAGAUUUCGUGCAUGCUUUCGUGUCGGUUAUCGUGUUCUUAGCGUUAGCCGUAGAGAGCUCGGAUUUUCGGAGGUGUUUGCUCCCGGAGGACGAUGAAAACAGUUGGGGUGGUCAUUUUGUACUUAUGAUCAAGUACUUUGCUGUUAUGGUGUUGACAAUGGCAAGCUUCUUCUUUGCUAUCUUUCCCUCAAAACGGAGAGGCAUCGGAAUUUCAGACAUUCGUUGA